GCGCCCGGGCGUCAGUCCGGCCGCGGCGACGGCGGCAGGAGCGCGUCCCGGCGCCGCCUAAGGCUGCGCUCGGCGCGCGGACUGUGAGGAGGAGGCGAGCGAGGCUGGCGCGGGGUCGGCAGCCGGACGCAUGGCUUAGGACGCUCCGCCGCCGCGCCCCAGCAUGGGGAAACUUCACUCGAAGCCGGCCGCUGUGUGCAAGCGCAGGGAGAGCCCGGAAGGUGACAGCUUUGCUGUAAGCGCUGCUUGGGCAAGGAAAGGCAUCGAGGAGUGGAUCGGGAGGCAGCGCUGUCCAGGCAGCGUCUCAGGACCCCGUCAGCUGAGAUUGGCAGGCACUGUUGGUCGAGGCACUCGGGAACUCGUGGGUGACACUUCUAGAGAGGCUCUCGGUGAGGAGGACGAGGACGACUUCCCCCUAGAAGUGGCCCUGCCGCCUGAGAAGAUGGACAGCCUAGGUAGUGGAGAUGAGAAGAGAAUAGAGAGACUGAGCGAAUCCGGCCAGGCCUCCAAGAAGCAGCUCAAGUUUGAAGAGCUGCAGUGUGAUGUCUCUGUGGAGGAGGACAGCCGGCAAGAGUGGACUUUCACUCUAUAUGACUUCGACAACAAUGGCAAAGUCACCCGUGAGGACAUUACCAGCUUGCUGCAUACCAUCUAUGAAGUGGUUGACUCCUCUGUGAACCAUUCCCCCACAUCAAGCAAGACACUGCGGGUGAAGCUCACCGUGGCCCCUGACGGGAGUCAGAGUAAGAGGAGCGUCCUUUUCAACCAUACCGAUCUGCAGAGCACAAGGCCCCGAGCAGACACCAAACCCGCUGAGGAGCUGCGUGGCUGGGAGAAGAAGCAGCGAGCCCCACUCAGGUUCCAGGGUGACAGCCACCUGGAGCAGCCAGACUGCUACCACCAUUGCGUGGAUGAGAACAUUGAGAGGAGAAACCACUACUUAGACCUGGCGGGGAUAGAGAACUACACGUCUCAGUUUGGACCGGGCUCCCCUUCGGUGGUCCAGAAGUCAGAGCUGCCCCCUCGAAUCUCCAACCCCACUCGCUCUCGCUCCCACGAGCCAGAAGCCGCCCACAUCCCACACCGGAGGCCCCAAGGUGUGGACCCAGGCUCCUUCCACCUCCUUGACACCCCAUUUGCCAAGGCAUCAGAGCUCCAGCAACGGCUCCGGGGCACUCAGGAUGGGAGCAAGCACUUUGUGAGGUCCCCCAAGGCCCAGGGCAAGAACAUGGGUAUGGGCCACGGGGCCAGAGGUGCAAGAAGCAAGCCCCCACUGGUACCCACCACCCACACUGUCUCCCCCUCUGCCCAUCUAGCCACCAGCCCAGCCCUCCUCCCCACCCUGGCACCCCUGGGGCACAAGAAACACAAGCAUCGAGCCAAGGAGAGCCAGGCGAGCUGCCGGGGCCUGCAGGGCCCCCUGGCUGCAGGAGGCUCCACCGUCAUGGGGCGGGAGCAGGUGAGGGAGCUGCCUGCCGUGGUGGUGUACGAGAGCCAGGCUGGGCAGGCCGUCCAGAGACAUGAACACCAUCACCACCACGAACACCACCACCAUUACCACCACUUCUAUCAGCCCUAGACCCCAGCAGGCUACCACGGGAAGGACCCAGCCCACACCCUAAGGCAUUAUUAUUCUAUUAAUUAUUGUUAUUAUGGCAAUUAUUGUUAUUAAUAAUUAUUGUUACUCCACUAAUAUUUAGCCAGCCUUCAUGUAGAAGACAUAUGGAAACACAGAAGUAAACUUUAAUUUAUACGUCGUGGGGAUCAUGUAACUCACCCAAGGAGUGACUCUGGGUUUGGAAGGGUCCUUGGGCCACCCCAGCUGCAGGGUCUACACAGAUCUCCCCAAACCACAGGAGCCCCGGGCUCAACUCCCCCACUUCAGUUCUUCCAGGAGAGCACCCUUGCCUAAUCCAGCUUCGGAGACCCUCAAGAGCCCCAGAGGACAACAGCUGCUACCUCUCAGUGUUAUCUGGUUCAACUUUGCCCUUAAUUGAUUGUAACACGCUACAGGAGAUGUCAGUGGACUGCCAUUGCGCCCUCUCUCCCCUUGUGUUCUGACACCUCAACCUAGACACCUUAGCUGUGUUUCCGGGAGUUACCGCCUCCCCUAUCUAAAGGGAACUAGCCCUUGGCCCAAGCCAACCCUGUGCUUUCUUUUGUCCUUUGCCAUGCACAGUGUGGAAGCGCCCUCUCUUCCUGUGCCCCCCGUUGGCUUUUGAAGGAUGCACCUGUGUUUAAGGAUUGUCCUUGUAGCCAGCCUUCUCAGUUUGGGAACAACUACAGAGAGAAGCAGCCACAUUAAAAAAAAAAAAAAAAGCGUGGUUUCCCAAGAUGGCACCAUUGUGUGACGGAGGGUGUGAAACCUGAGUUCGCCGUCAGCAAAUGGUUUGUGGCUAGGUAGAUGCUGCCUGUCCGUGUCUCUGUAUCUUUCUAUAAAUACACUCUCAGGUAUCCUUUCUGGUGUGCAGAAAUCACUGCCCUGCUCUAUGGAAGCUCCUGUAACCCAGAUGUACCCGUGUGGUUCCCAAAGGCUGCCUGUCCAUCAGAUGAAAACAGCCACCUCCGUCUCACUUCCUGGGGUCUGAAGUCUGUGGUUUUGGAGAGACCUGCUUGGGUAGAGAGAUUUAGGGUGGAAUGGAGGUGGCCACUGAGACACUGAGCAGCAUCCUUGACAGAAUAGGUUUUUAUCAGACAAGGGUCCAGGGUACCAAAAAAGGUUUACUGUCAAAUAGUUGGGGCCCCAACAAAACUCAGAUUACACUCCCAGGUUUAAUUAUUUGAGGAGAGCUCGACAGGGAUGGCUGCCAACACGGGAGCAAAGACUGGGAGGCAGCAGAACCCAGACCAUCACUGAGCUACCACUGUACCUCCACACACGAAGGGUGAAGAUCGAGAGGCACCUAGGAGCCAUGGCAUUCAUUCAGAGAGCAGAGCAGGCUGUGUGAAUGAAUGAAUGAAUGAAUGAAUGAAUGAAUUUUUCCAGGGGAUGAAUGCCCCUAUUCCCUCCCAUGCCUGUUUCACAUUGUUCUCUAGUAGCCUCAGCUGAAGGCCUUGAGAGGGGGUGGGACUUUUAUUCUUGAGAGUCCAGAAAGAGUCUGACCCCAGAAGGAAGUCUGCCCGCCUGCCCGCCUGUCUCCUGAGUUUAGCACCGUUGGUAAGCAUGUACUUUGCAGGUAGUGAGCAUUCGUUGUUUUCAUGGUGUUAAUUUUCCUGAUUGCUGGUGUGCUUGGGUCUGGUUGGUGCCAUCCUCAGGGCAUCACUGUGAGGAAGUAGGAGUCCUGGGAAUGUGUCUGAGGCACAGAGAGGUCAAGAACCUGCUUGACACACAUGGCAGAUGGCAGUGCUGGGUCCUAGCCUUCAGGAUCCCUAACACUGAAGGAUAUGAGCCCUAAGUUUUCCUCCUGGGAAGCUGGGUUUCUGUUUGGCUAGAUUCCAACUCAGAGGAGACACUGCCCCCUACCAUGUGACUGCAACCACACCAAAUGGGCAAGGCAUUGUGGGAGCUUGGCUUGAGAUGACAGGAUCCGGUAUGAAUGAAGGAGUUUUUGUCCUUGAGUCACCCUGUGUCGGCAGGCCCGAGCAACUGACAUUCUGGGUCCAGGAUCAGGAGGAAAGAAUUUCUGGGAGACAAGAGCCUGAUGAGGGAAUUGUGAUUGACUGGGCUUGGGGAAGGUAGUCACCUCUGGACCGAUUACACAGAUCAUCUGGUAUGUGACCACCUGCCUCAGGAGGCAAGGUCACUGCAAUGAGGACAAGGGAUAGGGGAACCAGCAAACACAAACAAAAACCAAUGGCCUCCAGGGCCACAAUUGCCAUGGGCAGCUGCCUAGGGAGUGGAAGCCACUGGUUUUAGAACACAGAUCCUCAGCCUGGGGAAGGAGGUCCCCUGCUGCUUCAGGAUUUUGUUAGCUUCUUGCUCUCUUAAAAGUCACUUAUAAAAAUAGUACCACGUGCUCACCUGUAAGAGAUCAAGGUAGCCCAUAAAGGCUUAGAGUCAAAGGUAAGUCAGCAGGCUCCCAUCUCCUGCUCAGUCUCCAGAAAUCGACCCCAGCAUCCAUCCAUGUCCAGAUGCCCUCCCCUGUCCUCCCUCCAGGACCGUGAGCAUGGUGUAGUGGUUGUAACACUGACUGGUGUCUGGCCAUGGGUGCUCCAGGCCUGACUCCCCUUCCUCAAAGCAUGCACUGCAAGUGAGGUGCUGUGCCUUGGUUUCCCCCUUGUGAGUCCUCCCCAGAUGUUAGCUGUCUUCAUUCCCAGAAUAAAAGCGUUUUUAUAGAA